UGGAAAUAGGGAGGAUGAGAUUUGUUUUGCCACGCGUCGGCCGCGCGAGUUGGUCCACCGCUGGGAGAGAACGACCCGCUCGUAUAGGAUUUUUUUCCUCUGUCUUCAAGCUUAACCUCAAGGACCUCUUCUCCGAUGACCACGCUGCCUCGCCGCCGCCGUCGCCAGCCAAGAUGGAGAUGCUCCCGCUCCUCGGCCCCCCCGUCGCCUCCUUCAGGGAGCCCGAAUUCUUCCGCGGCGACAUUGCCUUCGCCGUCUCCGGCACCACUCUAGUAGGCCUCGGCGGCAAGCGCACAUUCACCUACGACAUCAAGGCGCAGGCUGCCGGAUCCGGCCCCGGGACGGCCGCCACCAAGUACGGCGCUUUCCUCCUCCCCGUCGGCGCCCACGACGUCUACGCGCUCAGCAUCUUCCCGCAAUGGGGCGGCCGCGGCGACCGGCCCCACCUGGAGGCGCUCUCUCCCGGGGAGGGCCCCACACCGGCCUGGCGCGCCCUCCCGGAGCCGCCGCCGGAGCUGCAGGUCAGCAGCGACCCUGGCAGCGGCCGGGUCUGUAGGUUGACCACCUGCUUCACCAUAGGCGGCCGGCUGUGGCUGUCAGCGCAGGGGCUGGGCACCUACUCGCUGGAAACGGCCGGGCCGCGGCGCACGUGGCGGAAGGAGGGCUCCUGGGAGAUUCCGGUAGAGGGGCUUCCGGCGGUGUACGUGCCGGAGCUGGGACGGCUGUUCGGGUUCUGCCCCCGCCGCCGGUGCCUGUGCGCGUGCGACAUGGAUGCCCGGCCGCCCGUCGUCAGGGAGGUGUGGGAGGAGACUUGGCCGGGGGAGUGCAUCGAGAUUGGCUACGGGAUCCAGCCGGACGGCAGCCUGGUCUACCUGGGAGGUGGCCGCCUCUGUAUCACCAGGCUAGUCAAUGACCAAGUCGCCUCCAGUGCGCUCUGCGUCCAGGCAGUCCAGCUCCAGCUCCGGCACAGGGUCCAGAUGGUCACCAGAAGGAUUCGGUGCUACACCAUGCCCAAGAUUGCUAGAAGGGCCUAUGCACUCCAGCCCAGUACUUCUUAAUUUCGGUCUCCCCUCCCUGUAUAUUGAACAAACUGACUUUAAAGAAAUUUGAUCUACUCAAGGGGCAACUGCUGGAUACUCGAAUUACUACAGCUGAUAUCUUGAAGGAUGUUACGUCUCUCAUUUUUAGGAAGGCUGUUUCUGAGCCCACCUUCUGUUCCAUGUAUGCUCAACUUUGUUAUGAAGUCCAUGACUACCUCCCGUCACUCCCUGCUGAAGAACCAGGAGGAAGAAAUAUUAUAUUCAGACGUCUGCUGUUGAACAAUUGUCAGGAAGUUUUUGAAGAUCGUGAUAGCCUAAGGGUUGAGAUUGCAAGACUGACUCGCCCUGACCAAGUGAUGGAAAGAGGGGAUGACGGCAUGAUUUUGAAACUUACAACAUUUGGAAAUAUUCGUCUAAUUGGUGAGCUAAUGAAGGCAAGGAUGGUUCCUGAGAAGAUAGUUCAUCACAUUAUCAAGGAAUUACUGGGGUCUGAUAAAAAGGCUUGCCCUGACGAGCAACACAUCGAAGCCCUCUAUCAGUUCUUCAAUACGGUUGGUAAACAUCUUGAUGAGAACCCAGGGUCUUGCCGAAUGAAUGAUACCUACUUCAUCCAGAUUAUGGAUCGAGUAGCAAACCCUGAGUUGACUCCACGCUCAAAGUUUAUGCUUCUUGAUUUGAUUGCUCUCUGUUCUAACAACUGGGUGCCUUGACGCUGGGAGGUAAAUAGAAUCAAACUGCAUGGGCUAGCUACUCUACAUGCAGUAGCCAGUAGCUUUCAUUGUGAUAUUAAUUUUUGAUGCUACUGGUCUACAGCUAUUACGGUGUAGUAUAUGAGCUUAGGUAUAAUUAGGAGUACUGCUUCAUAGUAAUGCCAUAUCUCGUUUUACUCCCUCCGAUUCAUAUUACUUGAUGUUAAUAUGGAUGUAUCUAGACACAUUUUAAUUGUAGAUACAUCCAUUUUAGUAUCAAGUAAUAUGGGUCGGAGGGAGUAGUAUUUUUUGUCAUAUUACUAGAAGAUGCAUUUCACUUCAGGCGAAGGGUUUUAAGACCUUAAGUGAAUGCUGCUAUUAUGGUGCAUGAGCUUUUAAGCAUCAUGGUUUGCUUACAUGGCAAAGGCGUAAGUAUCACCUUCCCCUCUUCCUCCUUCCUCCCCCUCUCCUUCUCCGUCCCUCCCUAUCUCUCUCUAGAAGCCUGCAGAGCCACCACAUAGCCUUUUUAUUCGGCACACUAGCACCCAAGUCGAAGUUGCCAUGUCUGCCGUGAGUAACCCAUCUGGGAUGAUGACCAUGGUCGAACUGAGCUCCCGCUCAUCAUUUGUCCAGAUUGUAAGUGACAGGUGAUGGGGCGAUUCGCUGAUCAAGACACUAGUUCAUCCCAACUGUUUUUAUUUUAUUUACAAAUGCAACACAUGGUCAGUUUUUCACAUUUGAAAUAAAGAAGCAAUGCCUCUGGUUUGAUUUAUUUUUGUAUCAUUUUGAGUUGCAUUAGGUAGGGGAUGUUUCUUGUGACAUUUGGCAUUGGCAAGAUGCGUACACGAACUAUUUGUCAAACCUCGGCUACAUAAGAGCGGAGAUGGAGAAGUUGGAGUCAGAGAUGAAGAGGAUUGCACUUGAGGCACAACAGAAGCAAACCUGUAAGCUAAGCGAUGAAGACAUGAAGAUCACAAGGAUGACUAUGUUGCUCACUGCUUUGUUACAAGAUAACAAGGAUUGCAAGAAUGAGAUACUUAAGGUGUUGAAGCUGACAGUGACAAUUCUAUUUGCAAUUCUGUGUGAUGAAGUGAACACUGAAUCGUUUUAAAUAAUGUACUGUGAUCGUAUUUUAGACCUUGGACCGGUGACGCUUGGAAA